GAAUACCCCUGGAUUCUAAGUGCAUCUGAUGACCAAACCAUUCGUAUCUGGAAUUGGCAGUCUCGCACUGUGGCAUCCAUUCUUACAGGACACAGCCACUAUGUUAUGUGCGCUCAAUUUCACCCAAAAGAGGACUUGAUUGUUUCAGCUUCUCUUGAUCAAACUGUCCGUGUUUGGGACUUCUCAGAACUUCGUAAAAAGAAUGUUGCUCCUUCAGGUAUAUCAGGUAUUGAGGAACACAUGAGACAGAUUACAGGCUCGUCCCGCCUUGGCGGUUCGAAUAUGGGUUCUGGUGGCCACACAGAAUUGUUCGGUACUGGCGAUGUGGUUGUUCGUCAUGUCAUGGAAGGACACGAUCGUGGUGUCAAUUGGGUUGCUUUCCAUCACAACCUACCGAUUGUAGUUUCUGCUGCAGACGACCGUUUAAUAAAACUGUGGCGUAUGACUGAAACCAAAGCGUGGGAGCUGGAUACGCUACGAGGCCACUACAACAAUGUGAGCUGUGUUCUGUUUCAUCCGCGACAAGAUCUGUUAAUAUCAGAUUCGGAAGACAAGUNGGAUUUGGCCAAGCGUACUUGCAUUUCAACCAUUCGUCGUGAUUCAGAUCGGUUCUGGGUGGUCGCGGCCCAUCCUAAGCUCAAUCUGUUUGCAGCCGGACACGAUACCGGGUUUGUGGUGUUCAAACUGGAGCGCGAACGUCCGGCUUUCACGGUGUAUAAGGACUACAUGUUUUAUGUGAAAGCCCCAUUUUUGCGACGCUUGGAUUUAAAUGCAGCCAAAGACAUUCCGAUCAUUCAGCUACGCGAGGGGCGGGGAACGGCGGCUAGUCUAGCCUACAACCCGAUUGAAAACGCUGCGCUUGUCCUCAGCCGUUCGCGAGAGGCCGAUGUUGGUGCUUCGAACACGUCAACUUUGGGUGCUACGAACAACAUGGUAUACGACUUGUAUAUGAUCCCGCGCGAAGCUGGUUCAGGCUCAGAGCCACAGCACGUCGAGAGCCGCUCGGGCACCGGUUGUGCAGUGGCAUGGGUUGGGCGUAAUCGAUUUGCUGUGUUAGAAAGUACUGGUGCUAUCUUGAUCAAGAACUUAUCGAAUGAGAAGGUCACUCGCGUCAGUUUCUCCGGUGUGGAUCAGUUCUUCUAUGCGGGAACUGGAAACUUGCUCAUCCGUGAUUCAAACGGGAUCAGUUUAUGUGAUGUGAUCAACAAGCGUACUCUGGCCACUCUGAAAAAUACGAAGUAUAUCCGUCACGUGGUGUGGUCUCCGGAUGGCCAACAUGUUGCUAUGUUUACCAAACUGUAUCUGUACUUAUGUAAUCGUCAACUGGAAAUUCUGACUACCGUACAUGAAACUGUUCGUAUCAAAAGUGGUGCCUGGGAAGAGCAUGGUGUAUUCAUCUAUACUACCAGUAACCAUAUCAAGUAUUCCUUGUUAAACGGUGAUCAUGGAAUUAUACGCACACUCGAACUGCCGGUUUACAUCAGUCGUGUACGCGGGAAUUCCGUGUUUUGUCUGGACCGGGAUUAUGCUCCUCUAGUGCUGUCAAUAGAUCCAACGGAAUAUCGAUUCAAAUUAGCCCUAGUGAAUCAUAGAUAUGAUGAGGUCUUACAUAUGGUUCGGAAUUCAAACCUUGUUGGACAAGCGAUUAUUGGUUAUCUGGAAAAGAAGGGCUAUCCGGAAGUGGCAUUACAUUUUGUGAAAGACACUCGUACUCGAUUCUCACUCGCAAUGGACUGUGGUCAGUUGGAGGUGGGUUUGGAAGCAGCCCGCGCGUUGGAUGACAAAGCGUGUUGGGAACGUUUGGGUGAAUUGGCACUACGUCAGGGGAAUCAUCAAAUUGUUGAAAUGGCCUACCAGCGGACAAAGAAUUUUGACAAGCUUAGUUUUCUCUAUCUGAUCACCGGAAAUCUGGAAAAGCUACAAAAAAUGAUGAAGAUCGGUGCAUUGGCCUAUUUAACCGCUGCCACCCAUGGAUUAACCGAAGAAGCGAAUGAAUUAAAAGACCAGUUAGUUUCUGCUACUCCUGAGGGCGAACAACUCUCUCUUCCUUCGGUCUCACCGGAUGCUCGAUUGUGCUCUCCGUCACCGCCUAUUCUGCGUCCCGAUCGGGCUGGUGCAGCGGAUGCAGCCACUGCGAUGGAAUUGAACUGGCCGUUGCUCAGUGUCCAGUUGGACGUGUUUGAGGCAGCGAUUGCUCAGCGACGUGCAGGUCCCUUAAAGCCCGGUUUACCCGGUUUAGUAGAAGACGAUGUUGCUAAACCCGGUGUUACAGCUGCUGGUGGUAUGGGUUUACUGGAUGCAACGGAAGCUGAUGAAGCCGCUUGGGGUCAUGAUGCAGACUUAGAACUCGAUGAAGGUGAAGGCUUUAAAGAUGUUUUGGAUGACGAUGAGAAAGGUGUAGGUGAUGAUGGUGCCAGUGCAAAGGAAGAUGGUUGGGAUUUGGACGAUGCCGAUUUGGAGCUUCCCAGUACACUGCAAACCGUGGGUGGUCCAGCAGAAACCACAGCCGAAUCAACUUUUGUGGCUCCACCUGUUGGUCGUGUACCCUCGCAGUACUGGAGCGAUAACAGUCAUUUGGUAGCCGAUCAAGUAAUGGCUGGAAGCUGGAACGAAGCAAUGCGUUUACUCAAUUCUCAAGUUGGUGUGGUUUCCUUUGAACCCUAUCGUCCCCUGUUCAUGGCACUGUAUGAAGCUUCACGUUCGGUCAGUAUUGGUCUACCCUCUACACCAUCUGUUUUCAUUUAUCCUCAACGAAAUUGGAAGAAAACAUCCGCAAAUACAGCUCUACCAACAACAGUUCUGUCUCUGAACUACUUGCUCUCGCGAUUGCAACAAGCUUAUCAGCUGACGACGAAAGGCAAAUUCCAGGAAGCCAUCGAUCGAUUCCGAACAAUUUUACUAUCCGUGCCUUUGUUGGUGGUCGAAUCGUCUGCUGAAGAGUCGGAGGCCAAGAGUUUGAUCAAUGUGUGCAAGGAAUAUAUUAUCGGUCUCAGCAUGGAACUGGUACGCAAGGCAAUGCCAAAAGAAAAGCUAGCCGAUCAGAUUCGAAGCGUAGAGCUGGCGUGCUACUUUACCCAUUGUCGCCUAGAAACUCCGCAUCUCAUUCUGACUCUGCGCACCGCAACCAAUGCGCUGUAUAAAUUAAAGAACUAUCGUUCGGCUGCCGCCAUGGCUAGGCGUUUGCUUGAUUUGGGACCCUCAAUGGAAGUAGCCACACAAGUGAGAAAGGUGUUACACGCAUGUGAGAUCGCCACGCCGNCAUCAAUUGGCUUACGAUCCACGCAAUCCGUUCGAACUGUGCGCAGCUACCUAUGUUCCUAUCUAUCGGUGAGUAACGCUCAACACUUGUCAGGGAAAAAUUGCGUGAAGGAUCCCCUCAGCGGUGCGUGUUACGUGCCUUCGAUGAAAGGCAAACUGUGUCGAGUGACUCAGGCUACAGAAAUCGGUGCGGAUUGUCCUGGUCUCAUGAUCAACGCCUCUCGUCCCACUCGAUAG